GCAACAUCUUCUCUUCUCACUCAAUACGAAUAAACACUCCUACCUAGACGCUUGAGAUAUAUUCCAAAUACCUAGCGCACGCGCAACCCUCACAACAGACUACAUAACAAGACCUCACAAUGGCCGACCGACCAGAGCCUCUUCGCCUGGGCAGCACUGCCCCUAACUUCAAGGCCGAGACUACCCAAGGUCCCAUUGACUUCCACGAGUUCAUUGGCGACAACUGGGUCAUUCUCUUCUCUCACCCAGAGGACUACACCCCCGUAUGCACAACCGAACUAGGAGCCUUCGCAAAGCUCGAGCCUGAGUUUACUCGCCGCGGCGCCAAGCUCAUCGGCCUCUCCGCAAACACCGUCGACUCGCACGAUGGCUGGAUCAAAGACAUCAACGAGAUCUCUGGCAGCAAUCUCAAGUUCCCCAUCAUCGGCGACAAGGAGCGCAAGGUUGCGCUGGCAUACGACAUGAUCGACCACCAAGACGCUACCAAUGUUGACAGCAAGGGCAUUGCUUUCACCAUUCGCUCUGUCUUCAUCAUUGACCCUAAGAAGACUAUUCGUCUCAUUCUCAGCUAUCCUGCUAGCACUGGCCGUAACACUGCUGAGGUUCUUCGUGUGCUUGACAGCCUGCAGACUGGUGACAAGCACCGCAUUACCACCCCAAUCAACUGGGUCCCUGGUGAUGAUGUCAUUGUUCACCCCGCUGUCAACAACGACCAGGCCAAGGAGCUCUUCCCUGACUUCCGCAUCGUCAAGCCUUACCUGAGGUUCACACCCCUGCCCAAGGAGAAGACCACUGCUGCGUAAAUUGGUCGGAUUUAAGGUGUUGAGAGGAACAUGGACAUGGACGCGAACAUCCAAUGGAUAUGACCGCCCAAGUAGAAGUGUCAAUAUCAGUGAAGGUACAUAAUUAUCCAAAAAAAAAUAUACCAGAUUGAAGCAAUCAAAGCAUGUCCUGCAUGCAUACUUU